UCAGCCUUCGUCUGAUAGUUUUCCAACCUUGAAGACUCCCAUUUCUUGAGGUUGUUUCUGCGACAGUCCUCACAGUUGCGUCGCCAUGACGUCUCCGGACUCAAAGCCAUACAUCAUACAAUGGCUGCUCGACACAAGGCUAUUGUGGCCCCUCCACCGCAAAGAUAAGCCGAGAGAGGAGGUCGCAGAACUGAGGACAGCUGUGGGUAUAUAGUUUGCUGGGCGCUCUGCUUGUCUAAAUUGACAGAUAUGUUAGGCUUCUCGAGCUUUGGCACUCCUCUCUGAAUCGGAGCAAGAAUCGGUCCUGAAAUAUUAUCACGUCAAAGAUGCGAAAAUGAGCUUAGCCUCGCACCUCCUAAAGCACCUUGUCAUUGCAAAAUAUUGCAAUGUGCCUUGGUCGAAGAGUACAAUUUCUCGAGAGUCAAAUGGAAAGCCUUGUUAUCACUCAACCGCAGAUCAACCUCGACUUGAAUUCAAUGUAAGUCAUCAGGCUGGACUUGUUACAUUAAUUGCUGUGAUCGGGGGUGAUGGAACAAUAAAUGUGGGAACGGACAUCGUGUGUGCCAACGAACGAUUGCCGCAUGAUUAUAAAUAUAUAGAAAAGAGUGGGUUUUUUGAUUGGGUCGACAUGCACGGAGAAGUGUUCGCAGAUUCAGAGAUCAACUUUAUGAAGCUUUCGUCGCUUGGACUCGAAGAAGUUGUGCCCGGCAAGAAGCUUCAUGGAUAUGGCAACGAUGCGCUUUCGAGAUGUCAGUGGAGAAACAGGCAAUUGGAUCUUGUCAUCGAGGACUCUGAAGGAAAUACCGCACAAUCAAGAAUUGAUAGUAAUAAGGUCAUUGAUGCGAAGCUUAGACGAUUCUAUGCCAUGUGGUGUUUGCGAGAAAGCUAUGUCAAAAUGACAGGAGAAGCUUUGCUUGCACCGUGGCUUAAGGACUUAGAGAUUUGCGACGUUCAAACCCCAAUUGCGCCCGAGGUUGAUGAUCUAAAUUCUUUGGAAAGAGGGCAGAUAACAAAAAAUUAUCGAAUUAUAUUCAAGGGUCGCGCAGUUACUAACGUACACAUGGAAUUAGCUGCGCUAGGUCAGCAUUACAUGGUGGGUGGUGCUGUAAGGGUGAGAGAGAACGACGCAAAGCUAGAGUUGGGCCCGUGGAAAGAGCUCAAUCUUGACACUGAUAUCUUGGAGGUUGCGGAGGCGAAAUCCUAGAAGGCGGAACUAUUUCUGUACAAGCCGGAUUCUAUGUGCCAUAUAGAGCAUUGUCGUGGGCUUUCUAUAAGAGUUUGGUGCUUGCAAGUCGACCACCAGAGACGAUUUGGCGGUGUUUUCGAAAUGUGUGGUGUAACACGGUUCGUGUAUUGAGGCUAGCAAUUCAAGUGCGCCGUCAUUCAAAGCAGGCUUUCAAACACGGUUUUCCCUCAACUUACUCGUUGAGUGUCCGUUCCAGACGGAAUGUGGUGGGAUCAAUUUUGGAUUGUCGCCGGUCUUUCCCAAUUCAACUUUUUUUAUAGUUUUCCCAGCCAGUGGCUAGGAACUCCAUUUGUGUCCCACAACUAUUUUAGCUUUACUCUGGAUCAUUACGCAUGAUGCUUCAUGUAAUCUCAAGCAUGUCUUUUCGAAGAAUUUUAUGAGCACCGAAUUUAUGCAGACAUUCAGAAACCGUUACUUUCCAAUAUGUUCACUUCGUUUCCUAUUCUAGUUC